CUUACACUUACGUUUCUUCAAGAAAGGCAAAUGACUACCUCAACAAAUCUCAUUUUCAUUUAUGUUUUCUUAGCUCUUUCCAUUUCAACAAUACAUUUCAACACUUGUUCUUUAGCUCUUACCCAAGAUGGAUUAGCUUUGUUAGAGCUCAAACAAGGUUUGAAUGACACUAAAAAUGCUUUGAGCAACUGGGUAAAUAAUGAUGAAACCCCUUGUCAAUGGACUGGUAUCACCUGCCAUUCAAAUGACCAAAGAGUUCUUGAAAUAAACUUGCCUUACAUGGAUUUUGGAGGUUUUAUAUCUCCAAGCAUUGGUAAACUGACUAGAUUACAGAGACUGGCACUUCAUCAGAACAGAUUACAUGGAAUAAUUCCCAAUGAUAUUUGCAAAUGUGUUGAACUUAGAGCUGUGUACUUGAGGGCUAAUUAUCUUCAGGGUGGCAUACCUUCAAAUAUAGGAAAUCUUUCCUUCCUCAGUAUACUGGAUUUGUCGGGUAAUACUUUGAGAGGAGCGAUACCAUCAUCUCUUGGUCAUCUCACUCGUCUAAAGUACAUGAAUUUAUCAACAAACUUUUUUUCGGGAGAAAUUCCAAAUUUUGGAGCACUGAGCAAGUUCGGAAACGACUCGUUUAUUGGAAACUUAGACCUCUGUGGCCAGCAAAUACACAAGCCGUGUAAAACAUCACUAGGAUUUCCUGCUGUCUUGCCACAUGCAGAAAGUGAAGAAGCAGCAGUGCCUAAGCAUUCGUCUCGUGAUCUGAAAGGAGCGGUGAUCGGUGCUAUGGCUGCUUUAGUCUUGCUUCUGGUGCUCUUUGUAUUCCUCUUGGUUUGGAUGCUCUCGAAGAAAGAACGGGCUGCAAAGAAAUACGUAGUAGUCAAAAAGCAAGUUCAUCAAGAAACAAGUACACAACUUAUAACAUUCCAUGGUGAUCUUCCCUACCCGUCAAGUGAGAUUAUAGAGAAGCUCGAGUCUCUUAAUGAUGAGCAUGUGGUUGGGGCCGGUGGAUUUGGGACCGUGUACAGAAUGGUCAUGAAUGAUUGUGGCACGUUUGCUGUUAAAAAAAUUGACCGAACACGAGAAAGCCAGGAUCUGGCAUUCGAAAGAGAGUUGGAGAUCUUAGGUAGUGUCAAACACAUUAAUCUCGUUAAUCUCCGAGGCUAUUGCCGGUUUCCUGAUUCUAAGCUUCUCAUAUAUGAUUAUGUGGCCAAUGGCAGUCUUGAAAGUUUUUUACAUGAAUGCCGGGAUGGAGAUCAAACACUAAGUUGGAAUGCUCGUCUGAAAGUAGCAUAUGGUUCAGCUAGGGGACUGGCAUAUUUACACCAUGAUUGUAGCCCAAAAAUACUUCACCGAGAUAUAAAGUCAAGUAACAUUCUCCUUGAUGAAAAUUUUGAGCCUUGUGUUUCCGAUUUUGGUCUUGCUAAGCUUUUAGUGGAUGAAGAAGCUCAUGUUACCACUGUCGUUGCUGGCACAUUUGGCUAUCUUGCACCGGAGUAUCUGCAAAGCGGAAGAGCCACUGUGAAAUCAGAUGUUUAUAGUUUUGGGGUUUUGCUGUUAGAGCUUGUGACAGGAAAGAGACCAACAGAUACAGCUUUCGUGAAACGGGGCCUAAAUGUUGUUGGUUGGUUGAACACCUUACGGAAAGAAAACCAGUUGGAAGACGUGGUGGACCCAAGGUGCACUGACGCAGACGCAUCAACUGUCGAAGCGAUUUUGGAGAUUGCAGGGAGAUGCACCAACGCAAACCCAGAGGACAGACCAUCGAUGCAACAAGUGUUGCAGUUUAUUGAACAGGAGGUGAUGACGCCCUACCCAAGUGAUUUCUACGACUCCCAUUCAGAUUAUGCUUGAUCAUAAUCCCCCAAAUUUCUUAGACAUUAAUUAUGGGAAGAUUUUCCGAUGAAACUUUCUAAACUAAGUAACUCAUCGAUUUUGUUCAUGUUGAUGGAGCUUGUAUGUAUAUAGCAAAUUUUCCGGACCAAAAGAUUUUGUUCGUUCACCCGCUGCCAAAAAUGAAUGUGGAACGAGUACUCCAACUCAAUGAACAUUCAUUAAAAUUUUCACUUGUCUUGUAGAACAUGGUUUUGGUCAUUUAGGCAAGUUGAGGACUUGAGGUAACGUCUUUUGGGGGUGUUUGUAGCCAAGAAUAUAUUAUUUCAAUUUCUGAA